AUGAAGACUUACAUUGUGAUUUUUAUUUUAUUUACUGUUGUUUACAAUUGUCUGGCCUCAGACGUGUAUAAAAAUGAAACAGAUCUAAGCGGAAAUGAUGAUAAAGUUAUAGUUUUAACACCAAACUUUGAUAAUAAAAAACCAUUAAAUGAAUCUUUAGAUGAAAAUAAAGAAAAUGUUAACAGUGACAAUACGGAAACCACGACAGAGCCAAUAUUAUGUAAAAUAUGUUCUCCAACAGUCAACCUUAAAGGUGAUGAGUGCCCUAAAGGAUAUUCCAGAGCAGACGAUGGUACUUGCCAAUUAGAAGUAUAA